AUGGCACACACACCCGGAUCCACGGACGGUCUCGGGGUCCAUCCAGCAUUGGUAGACAGGACGCCGUCCGAGACGUUUAACCACCUCAACAUCCCGGGCAAACCGGAGCAUGAAACAGCGGUGGACACACCGGGAACAGGCAGCAAAAAUGCCACCUUCCGCCCCGCGUCCGUCGUUUCUAGGCGGUCCAUGAGAUCUGUCCGCUCCGGCACCAGUUCGUUUCGCUCCACCGGCAGCUCCGUCUUCCUUGACGAUAUCAAGCACGAGGUCAUGGUCAACUACCUCUACCAGCAGCAGUGCUCCCGCCUCUGGGUUGCCGAUGGUACCGGGGCGGUAGAGGGAGUCUUGCUGCGUAAGAUACGCGGACAGUACAUGGCCUGCCCGCCUCGGCUGCUGGAGUCGCCCCUCGCUCAAGCGUGUGCCUCCCUCAACGUGCCGUGUGCCAUGACGGUCAACUCUCGAGUCAUCCAAACCUUCUUGCAAUGGGCGCCUGAUGCCGUGGACGUACCGCUGCUCAACGGCCUGCGCAUCCAGAUUUUGCCCGCUAUUGAAGACCUGGCUCGUGCCCGCAAGCACCAAUUUGCUGCCUUUGUGGCGUCCGAGGGCCUUCUGGUUGUGUGGGACGACGAUGCCAUGCACAUUGUCACGCGAGCCCAGGACAUCGAGGCCGAGCUUAUGGGUCUCGUAUGGCGGUCAGGUGGCGAUGACGAAGACAACGAAAAGAGCGGCGGGCGUAUUGGGAGUGCGGCUGCCGGCGGCGACGCCUUUGGCUCUGGCGGCUACACUGACUACGACCUGGACGAAGAAAACGGAGAGAUCCGCCCUGAGAAGCGCCCGAUCCACCUGCUCAACUCUUGCCUUGUGACGCUGACACUUAUUUUGGUGACUGUGUCUCUGGGCGCGGCCUGGCGCCAGCUGGCCAUCGAAGUGUCGGUCGACCACAGCUACACGCGUCUGGCACUGGUGGCCCUGUUUCCCGUCCAAAUCUUCUUCACCCUCUUCUUUGCCCAGGUGAUUAUUGGUUGCCUGGCUCAAAUCUUUGGCCCCGUCCGCCAGUUGACCGUCAACUCUAAAUUCUACUCAGCCCGCCGCUCGCCACGGCUGCAGACGUCCGUCCUGCCACACGUCACCGUGCAAUGCCCCGUCUACAAAGAGGGUCUUGGUGCCGUCAUCGAGCCUACCGUCAAGUCCAUCAAGCAGGCCAUAUCGACAUAUGAGCUGCAGGGCGGCUCCGCCAACAUGUUCAUCAACGACGACGGCCUGCAGCUGCUUGACGACGAGGCCCGUCAGGCACGCAUCGAUUUCUAUGCCGAUCACAGCAUUGGCUGGGUGGCGCGGCCCAAGGAUGGUGAGAACGGCUUCAGACGGCGUGGCAAGUUCAAGAAGGCGUCCAACAUGAACUUUGCACUGAUGAUCUCGAACCGUGUCGAGGAGAAGCUUCGUGUGUACAAGCGGGGACCGGCCUGGACGCAGCAGCACGAAGCCCGGGCGUAUGAACAUGCCCUGCGCGAGGUUCUUGAGGAGGACGGCCGCGCAUGGGCCGACGGCAACAUUCGCGUGGGCGACUACAUCCUGAUCAUCGACUCCGACACGCGCGUACCGUCCGACUGCUUGCUGGAUGCCGUGAGCGAGAUGGAGCAGUCCCCCGACGUCGGCAUUCUGCAGUUCUCCUCGAGCGUUAUGCAGGUUGUGCACAACUACUUUGAAAACGGCAUCACCUUCUUCACAAACCUCAUCUACACGGCCAUCCGAUACACCGUGUCCAACGGCGACGUCGCGCCCUUUGUCGGCCACAACGCCAUCCUGCGCUGGAGCGCUGUCCAGCAGGUGUCGUACAUUGACGACGACGGGUAUGAAAAGUUCUGGUCCGAGAGCCACGUAUCAGAAGACUUUGACAUGUCCUUGAGAUUGCAGUGCGACGGCUACAUCAUCCGCAUGGCGGCCUGGUCUGGCGAUGGGUUCAAGGAGGGCGUGUCCCUGACGGUGUAUGACGAGCUGGCGCGCUGGGAAAAGUACGCCUACGGCUGCAACGAGCUGCUCUUCCACCCCGUGCGCACUUGGCUGUGGCGCGGCCCGUUCACGCCGCUUUUCCGCAAGUUCUUGUUCUCCAACAUCCGCUUCACGUCCAAGGUCACCAUCAUCUCGUACGUCGGCACGUACUACGCCAUUGGCGCUGCCUGGCUCAUGACCACCGCCAACUACUUUGUGAUGGGCUGGUUCAACGGCUAUCUCGACAAGUACUAUGUCGACUCGUGGCAGGUCUGGUUCUCCAUCAUUCUCGUGUUCAACGGCCUCGGCAACAUUGCGCUGGCCAUCAUGCGAUACCGCACCGGUGAGCGUCGUCUGCUGCACUCGUUGUUCGAAAACUUCAAGUGGACGCUGCUACUCGCCAUUUUCCUGGGCGGGCUCUCGCUGCACGUCUCGCAGGCCAUCUUAGCGCACAUGUUCGAAGUCAACAUGACCUGGGGGUCCACCGCCAAGGAGGUCGAGUUCUCCAACUUCUUCAUCGAGGUGCCAAAGGUGUUGAAGCGCUUCGCGUUCUCCAUGCUUUUUGCAACAGUUUCCAUUAUUGGCAUGGUCAUCUUGGCCGUCGCUCCCUUCGUGCCUGUGGACUGGCGAAUCACCGACUUUGUCGCCAUUCUGCCGAUGGCUACCGUGGCGGUGUCACAUUUCCUGCUGCCUCUGGUUCUCAACCCGGCUUUGAUGACAUUCUCUUGGUAA